AUGAACUCACUCGACGCAGGCUCGGCCCCACCACUGAGCUCUGUACAACAGCGGCAAGAAGGCAGCACUACCAGUACAACACGCAAUUCCCAAGAUGUCGGCACCAUCACUUUGGGAUCCUCCUCACAGACCGUAUCGAACAAUGCACUUACCAAUCGAAACCCAGGUGCAAGGGCAUCUAACACAGAAGAGGACAAUAACGUCAGGAACGCAUCUCGCAGUAGAAGCGACCAUGCACCAUCCGACACCAUGAAGGAGCGUCGCGCUCCAGUCACGUAUCCGCUUUUCAACGGCGACAAGCCAUGGUCGCAAAGGUCCUGGGCGUAUGAGCUGAUGCCCUUCCGCGGCAUGUGGUACGACCUUCGACGCCGCAAACCGUAUCUCGCCAGCGAUUGGAUUGAGGGCUUUGAGCCCAAAAACUGGUGGUUCGUGGUGAACAGUAUCAUCCGCAUGUACUUCAUCAACCUCAUGCCUGCCAUUGCCUACGUCCUUGAUAUGAACUACCGCACCGGCGGAUCAUACGGUGUUAAUGAGGUCAUUUUGGCUUCAGCGCUCGCUGCUAUUGUCUUUUCCAUCUUCUCUGUUCAGCCUUUGACAUUUGUCGGCGUCACCGGUCUAAUCAACCUCGUCAACUACACCCAGUACAACAUUUUCGUCGGCUAUUAUGGCUUUGAUCAACUCAGUUACCUUAGGAUACAGGCCUGGUCGUUGAUCUGGGCAGCUGGCUUCCACUUCAUUGUCGCCAUCUUUAACGUCUGCGACUUUACCCGCUUCAUCACCGACAUGACUUCGGAAACGUUCGGCUUCUACGUGGGUGUCAUCUACAUCCAAAAGGGAAUCGAGCUGCUCAUCGAAGAGUUCGAGCCGCUUCCGCUCGACAACGCAACCGGCUGGCUCUCCGUCACGAUCGCUAUCCUCUUCACUGUGUCCGUAUACUUGGUCGCCAAGGUGGGCAAUACGACUUAUCUACCCUUUAAGGUUCGAAACUUUGUUGCUGGGUACGCCUUUGCUGCUGGCUGCAUCUUCUGGACCGGCUUCAGCCACUUUCCCAAGAACUCGUUGCAGCGUGUUCCGGUCGAACGAGUUCCCAUCACCAAAGCGUUUUUCCCCACAUUGGACAGGCCUUGGUUUAUCGACUUUUGGAACAUUGAGCUCAAGUACGUCUUUGUUGGUGCACCGCUCGGCUUCUUGAUCAUGCUGCUGUUCUACUUUGAUCAUAACGUCAGCAGUGUUAUGGCCCAGGCGAGAAGUUACCCGGUUCGCAAACCAGCGGGCUUUCACUGGGACUUCUUCUUGCUGGGCAUCACCACGCUCGUUUCUGGCUUCCUCGGUCUUCCGGCUCCCAACGGUCUAGUUCCCCAGGCGCCUGUUCACACGGAAACACUGUCGGUAUAUAAGCAGGUCGAAAAACCAAACGCAGACAAACGCAUCGCUCGCGAAACCCUGUCCCGCCGCGCAAGCAAAAUGCGCACUGUCAAACAGCAACACAUUGUCAACGUGCGCGUGGUUGAAAAUCGGCUUUCGCAUCUGAUCAUCGGUCUGCUCACUCUAGGAACAAUGACACGCCCCUUGCUCGUUGUCCUUGGAACCAUGCCACGCGCCGUCUUCGCAGGGAUCUUUGUGCUUGUCGGAUGGGCAUCCAUUGAACGCAACAGUAUCACUCUACGCACCUUGGCUAUCUUCAGAGAUCGACAACUCGCUCCGCCCAACGAACCGCUCAACACCAUCCGUCGAAGCAAGAUCGCGCUUUUCGUCAGCAUUCAAUGGCUCUUUGCUGCCAUGACGAUCGCAAUCUCUGCCACGAUUGCUGGAAUCGGCUUCCCCGUCCUCAUCACGCUGCUCAUUCCCGUAAGGUACUAUCUGGUUCCGCGAUGGUUCAGCCCAUUGGAGUUGAAGAUCCUGGAUGCGCCAACAGCCGAUGCGGAUGGCGUACUUGCCUCGUUGGGCCACGAACCGGAGCGUGUCACCGGACGCGGAGUCGAGAUUGCGCUCGAUACGAAGAUCGCCGGUACGCUGUACCAUAAGAAGUCGCUCGACGAAGAGUCGGACGACCAAGACGAUCAAGAUGAUCAAGACGAGGGAGACGUGGGAGCGGAAAAGUCAGCAUCGCAGUUCCGUGACGAAUAUUCGAAGCACCAGCGGUCGCCUGAUGAUGAAGAGGCUCGUCUCAGUGGUGCAGGCGGCAGCAUCGAAAUGACGAGACGAAAACAGUCGACGUCGGAUGAGAAUGUACACUUGGAGGGUGCUGCGAUGGCAUCGGGAGAUGAACUUCGAGAAGAAGCGAAUGAGGAAGUUGAAGCUAGUAAUUCUCAGCGAGUUCUCAAAGUAGGGGAAAGAUCUGAUGUACCUGCAGUGGAACGACCUGCAAUAGCCCAACAGCACCACGACUUGUCGGACACCAGACCUUCUGCAGCAGGCCAGAACGACACCACUGCGACGACAUUUGCAGAUACCCCAGCAGCGACUGGCUCGCACUUUGCGGAAGUAGUCUCUGCACCUUCUCCUUUGAGUACAGCCAAGCGGCUUGGGCGUCGCUACGUCCUAGUAGAGAACCCUUCGAGAGGUGCAGGCGUGCCUGCAUCGCCCGUGCAGUGGCGCCAGGGCGACGAACCGCAGCAGUAG